AUGGCGGUCCGCUCGAGUAUCAGGAACCCAAAACCCAAGUGGUCCUUGAAUGACCUUUGUCCGGAGCUCCUGGCCCUUAUAUUUUGGCCGUGUUGCCAACCGAAGCAGCUCGACGAGAUAGACUCGAGGUCGGCAGCACUCGUCCGGUGCGUAUGUAGGCGAUUGAACGCCAUCGCAACGCCGAUCGCCUACCGGGAAUUGGUCCUCAACGAACGGAUCGUUGCAGACGACGCAGAGAGGGAGUAUCCCGAUGCCUUCCAGCACAUCUACGCCUACACCCACCAUGUAGUCGCGAGAAGCAAUCUUGAUCCUGGCGGGAUCAGGAGGAUAUUGGAACGGGCGCAGCGGGUACAGUCAGUCAGAUGGCGUUACAUCCCUUCAGGCUUCAGCGACGGCCCAUUCUGGCUGCCGUCGGAUGUCCUGGGCCAAGAUCAGAUUCAGGGCAAGGGGAUCAGGCUCCUCGUAGAGGGUCUACCCCUCCUCAGCUCCAAGGAGAAGUAUCAAGACUUUUACCUCAAGUCCAUCCCCAGUGAGCUCUUGGUGUCGCUAGAACUCGCCCAUCCCAUGCCACCCCUGACCACCCGCCUCCACUCGUUGAAGGACCUCCUCCUAGCCUCGCCACAUCUCGAAACCCUCCAUUACCGGGACAAGGGCCAAGGGACGCACUUCUCCUUCACCGGUUCAGAGCGCCUCCCACCACUCAAGGACCUCGUUCUCGAAUCCUAUGACUGGAACCACGACAAACACUCAGUCGCAACGCACUGGGACUUCUCCCGCAUCCGCUCCCUGGCCCUCCUCUCCGUCCCGAUCCACAGCUUCCUAACCUCCGUGCCCCCCACCUCCCUCGCAGCCCUCCACACCCUCCACGCCUCCGACUUCAGCGCCCACCACCACCACCUCCCCCACCCAGGUCCCCCCGACCACCGCCUCUCCGCAACCCUAGACCUCGCCGCCCUUGUAUCAACGCACAUCCGCGCCCUCGUCGACCUGCGCCUAACCUGCCACGUCUCGCUCUUCCCUCCCUCGGCCCUCCUCCGCCACGCCGCGUCGCUGCGCCGCCUCUCGCUGCGCGACCACGUCGGCUUCGCAGACGACGACCGCCGCUGCCCCACGCUCCCGGCCCCCGACCUCGAGGUACUGGCCGGCGCGCUGGACCGUCUGACUGCGCUAGAGCUUGAUAUGGACUUUGACGACGACAACCACAACCAGCAGCAGCGGCAGCGCUUCCUCCAAGCCCUGUGCCACUUCCCCGCCCUCCGGACCCUGACGCUGCACACGCAGACGGUACUCCGACCCACCGGCUGCGACGACGACGACGACGACGACGACGACCUUCCUGCAGCCGCAGCCGCAGACGCCGACCCCGACCGCGACGCAGCGGCUCGCACCUUUGCCUUCCUCGUCCGCAACAGGGGCGCCGGCGUGGGCGGCGGGGACGUCCCGGUGCCCUGGCAGAGGGUGACGCUCAACGUGGGCAGCGGGGGCGCGGUGGCGAGGCGGAUGGGGGAGGGGUGGAGGGGGGUCGUGGCGGAGAGGUGCUUUGUUCUGGAGAGGGCGGAGGGGUCGGGGGGUGGCGGCCGGGGGUUUGUGUUUCGUGAGGAGGGGGGUGGGGGGGUGUGA